AUUUCGGAUACGGAAGGAGUAGUCCGUGAAGGCACCACGGGUUAUCACAGCGGAGCGUCUCAUCGCCUUCAAGGUGUCUCUCUGGGCAGCUAACUCGCAGUCUCACCUCGCGUUUGAUUGAACCCUUUUUGAUACACAUUUCUGCUUAAUAUCUCGGGACUUUCCGCGCCAUGAAGGGAAUCAGGGUUUUCUUGGUGCUUUCCGCGUCUCUGCUGAACACAGCCGAAGCGGCCAGGAGCAAGACGAGCAACCAGAACAGCUUCCGACGGGCAGCUAACGGCAUCUACCAGACUCUGAGUGGUGUCUUCGGAGAGGACAACAUCAGAGGGCUGUACAAGUUUUUCUCCAAAACGACGGAGCGGUUUGUCCAUGGAGUGGACUCGUUUCUCGACACCAUCUGGAAGAUCUGGUCAGAUUUGCUGGAUGUGAUGGGCAUCGAGUCCUCAAACCUCAGCCACUACUUCAGCACCACGUCUCUCACCAACUCUCCGGCACGCGCCCUGCUCCUGGUGGCCGCUGUGCUUGUGGCCUACUGGUUCCUCUCCAUGUUCCUGGGGGGGUUCUUCUACUUGCUGCACGCCGUGUUCGGGCGCUUCUUCUGGCUGGCCCGCGUCACGCUCUUCACCCUGUCCUGCCUCUACAUCCUGCAGAAGUUCGAGGGCGACCCCGAGCGCGUGGUGCUGCCGCUCUGCUUCAUCAUGGUGGUGUACUUCAUGACGGGGCCCGUCGGAGCGUACUGGCGUCGGGGCGGUGGGUCCGGUUCACUGGAAGAGAAAAUCGACCACCUGGACACUCAGAUCAGGCUGCUGAACAUCCGGCUGAGCCGCGUCAUAGAUGGCCUGGAGUGCACCGGGGACCAGUAGGUAGCGGGGGGGAUGAGGGGGAGGAGUUAUUGUUUCCUGUGCACAUCUGCAGCAACACAACUACUGGGUAUUUACAACGCUAUUGUCAGAUGGGGGACAAAACUAGUUUUGUAAAACAGUAUUUUAACUGCUUGAGUUGAUUUUAGUUACAGAAUACCUAAAAAAAACAAAAAAACAAAGAGUCCUCAGAGGUGUGGACCGUUGACAACCAAACAUUUGAUUUCCUUUGUCAUGUUUGUCUCGAGGCUUUAAUUGAAAGGCUUUUGCUACAUUUGUGAGGAAGUUAUCAGAGAGACGUUCGUGGUUUUCAAAAUGCUGGCCUAGUUCUACACCUCAACUACGUUUUGGGAAAAACUCCCAAUUUGGGGUUUUAAGUUUUGGUGUUGGGAUUAAGCAUCGUCAAUGCUUUUGCUAAAUGAAGUCAUAUUUUAUGUUUUGUUUUUUUCUAUCCUUGUGAAUACCAUGGGGGGUUACAGUUCUUACAAAGGUUUGUCCACAAACAGUUGUUCCCCUUUUUGAAACUAUUGAAAUAGGAAAGGGGCGGGGAGUGUGACGCAGGGGGGGCCGAUACAAACAUUGUAUUUCAAUUAUGUAAAAAAAAUCCUCAAGAUGUUGUUCAUGGUACGACUUAUUUAUUCGUGUGGAUCUAGUUUGUUUCACUAGGUCACCGUCCCGCAGUGGCAAUAGUUCAUCGGGACCUCUUUUUCAUUCUGUGUUUGAGCAAAUGCAUCUGGGUGACUUACUUGAAUGUGUGUGCAAAUGCAUUAUUUUGUGUGUGUGUGUGAAAUGAAAAGCACUGAUUAAGAGAAAAUGCAGACAGGCAGCAAUAUCUCAGGGACUCAACCAACACACACAUAUAGAAUUGGAAAAGAGAAAUCGAGUAUAUUAAAAUCAUGUCUUGGUCUCUUUGAGUCGCUUAACAAGUUUUUUUCAGAUAUGGUUUGAGAUCUGUCUCGGUAACUCGGUGCAGUUUGUGUUCUUGUAUCAUGUUGAAAUUGCACAGUGGUCUAUAAAGGCUUAAAGUGUGUCUUAAUACAUCUUCUGAUGAGGACUUGAGUGUAAACGCGAUCAAUAUCUCAACUCGAUUACAGAUUGAAUUUGGUCGAGUGCCUUUUGAAUCUGUGGCAAACAUACAAGCGCACACUGUUCAACCCCGUCGCACCCUGCUCUGGACAUUUGAAGCUGUACAUUAUUUUAGUUUUAUGUUAGUAUGUGGUCAGUAAUAAUUCCCAGUAACUUAAUGAGAUGUUUAUGAUUCAUACAGUUUAUCAUGAAAGCUGUGCUCGGUGUGCAUUACUGUAGCCUGUUACUUUGAUGGGCUUUUUAAUCUUUUCUUAUUAUUUCGGACAAUUUUUGUUUUCUCUUCAUAUUCCCCUUGGCACAGCUUUUUGUCAUUUAAAUUGAUAGAAUCUAGACACUGUCAACAAAUGUUUUUAUACAAAUGACCCUAAUGCUGUGCACAUUUGGGAGGGGGAACGUUACCUUUAGUGUCACAUGAGAAAGAUGGACUACAGAAGUCAGUAAUGUUGCAGAGUGGUUGAAAUCAUCAGAGGCUACUUAUCUAGUUCAUGACAUUACUGAGGCCAAAGAACCAACCAGUAUUUAUACACUUUAGACACUCACGUUAACAAAAUCCUCAGCAGUAUGUGUGAGAUGCAUUCAUGCCCCAGACGGUGUUGCGUCAACAAACUAGUUCAAUAUUUUGAUUGAAAUGAUAUUUCCCCAGCCAGUUCUCUCCCCCCCCCCCCCCCCCCCCCCCCCCC